GUCCUUCUGGCCCAAUACCAGGUCCUUCUGGCCCAAUACCAGGUCCUUCUGGCCCAAUACCAGACAUAGAAAAUGCUUACCAGGAAAUAGAAAAAAAUGUAAACGAAGUGGAACUUCUUGUUCCAGGUAUCACGCAGGUCAUUCAAAAUGCGGCAAAUGACUUUGCUAAAAUGAAUGAUACUAGCAAGCAAGAGCACAAAAUAACUGCUGAUGGAUAUAAAACCAAAAAAAUAAUUUUCUUGCCGGUUAAUAAUUCCAGCACAGGAGGAUAUCAGGGAGGAACUGGCAGCCAUUGGUCGCUUCUCUAUCUAGAAAUAAGCGGAAGUGCUGAUAUCAACCAACCCACCCCCUGCCCCCAACAGAGUAAUGGUAGUGAUUGCGGAGUUUUUACUAUUGCUUUUACUCGCUGUCUA